CCCCAAGCUGACAUUCCCCAUCUAUGAUCAUUUUGAUUCAUCUCUCGAUUACACCCACUGGUCACACUGCGCAUAUGGCAUAUUUUACACACCCCAAGAUCCUUCAUUUCCCGUUUUCUCAAAUCUCGUAGACUCAUUUUCGGAGGACUGGGCUACCGAGGGAUAUCUUUGGAACUUGAUGGUGAAUCGAUGAUCAAGUCCAAGUCAUCAAUGUUUUUACUGGAAGGUACUUGGCGAACUGCGGGUUCGAAAGUCCCUUAUGGAUCAUCUCAACACGACCCGUGGGCCGUGGACUCGAGUCCCAUACAAAAGAUAUCUUUGGACCUUGAUGAUGGAGUGAUGAUCAAGUCAUCGGUGAUCUACCAAAAGUCAACACGACCCGUGAGCUGUGGACUCGAGAUUCUUACUGGACAUGUAGUGCAAACAAGAAGACAUACACCUCAGCGUCAUCGUCCCGCGGAUUUUCCAAAUAUCGAAAUAAAUGUCUGGGCGCUACAAUCGGCAAAUUCCGAGGCGAAUUUUCAAAGAUCAAUACUUAUGACCAGUGGAUGGGAUCCGUCUCAAUUUUUGUUCCAAAGUUGCACACUGCCUGUUACUCGUAACCCCUGCAGGACACCCCAGAUUAACUUGUUGGGCCCGGGGGCGAGGCACAUUCAACGUCGACGUUCAAGUUGGGACAUCUUGCAUACUGCUGGACGGAGGAACUCCGAAUGUCAAUGGUCCAGUUUCAAUGAGGGGGGCGACCAGGAGGUUCGGCGUCUCUCAUGUCAGCCGCCGGUAUCACUCAAACUCCUUUGAGCCGGGGUAAGCCUACUGCAAGUAUAGUUGGUCAAGUAGCAUGCGACCCUACUAGUCCCAACGGACUUCAAUCUGGGUCCCGUCUAGAUAACCACUAAACUUUCAAGGAGGGAUACCCGGUGCCGAAGUCUGCAGCGGAAAUCCAAAUGUGUAUGAUACUAACAGACUGGGCCGUAAAAGGACUCUAACCUCAGGAUGUGCCCUUGACCCUUGUUUUCCCGCGGUAUCCGAAAAGAAGAUCUGUCCAACAAGGAACCGGUAAAACGCACUAUGUUCUUGGGAAAACGUCGCUUUGAAAGUAUUCACUCGAUCAAAAUGCGAGUCAAGAGGUCGCGACGAUCAUGGGUCGUAUCAACGCCCAAGCAUUAUCGUGAUGGCUAUGUGCACAUUGCACUUCCUAAUUCAAACAGCAACCCAAAUCAUUCAAACGAUACAUCCCCAUUCAAAAAUUCUGGCAUGGAAGCUCUGCCACAUCCGUGGUGGCGUCGUAGGUGGGAUCAGUCCUGCUAUGUGGCGGGGGGAUGACUGAUGUCAGGAAUGAGCCUUGAAAAACCCUCUCUGGCUUGUUGAUUGACUAUGCCGUUCAAAGCCUACUGUAUACAUUCCUUUUCUUGGGCCGUCCGAAGUGGCCGC